AACGACAUAUUCUCCGAAAAAUACUGUCCAAAACAUUAUUUUUUCAUAAUGAUGGCCAUCAAACAGAGACUAAGAUAGUAGAUACUGCAUAUAAUAGGACGUGUUAUCAUAGCCCUUAAGUCUUCCUGUCUCAUAAUCCGUUACGAGCCGGAAAAAUGAGGUCUGGUGAUCAGAUACCGAUCCAAAGCACCACCAGAACCCGCGCCAUGAAGCGGCACCACACAGCUCGUUACUACGCCCACCGUGUGAAAGAAAGUCUAACCGCCAGAAUCACCAAGCUUAUUUGCAGCAUCUUUUUGUUCAUCCUCUUUGUUCUAGGCCUUAUCGCGUUCAUUUUGUGGCUCAGUUUGCGUCCUCACCGGCCCAGAUUUCACAUACAUGAAUUUUCGAUCCCAAGCUUCAGCCAAGAAAUUGGAUAUGCAAAUGCCAAUAUAAUCUUCAAUGUAACAGAUCGAAAUCCAAACCACAAGGUUGGGUUUUACUUCGAUGCCAUGCAGAUAACGGUGAAUUACCAGGAACAAAAUAUAGGCAACGUGAUAUUAUUAUUUCCAUUCUAUCAAGAGCCAAAAAACACAACAAUCCUUUAUGGCAAUAUAGGCGGCGCGGCCUUGAAGUUGUCGGGUGAGCUGUGGCAGCAGAUAGUGGCAGAUCGAACGCGAGGGACGCUGACUUUUAGCCUUGGAUUAUCUUCAAGCAUUAGAUUCAAAAUAUUCGCAUGGAUAAGUAAGCACCAUAGAAUCCAUGCAACUUGUGCAGUUGGAGUAGGUUCAGACGGCUUCAUCUUGCCAAGUUAUAAAGAUAAGAGGUGCCAAGUUUAUUUCACCUGAUUUUCAGUGUAAAAUGUGGAACGUAAAUCAGAUUAUUUCUUGUGGGUUUGUUGUUUGUUUGAUUUUUGUGAUUUUUUGGGUUUUGUUUUUACCGAAAAGUCGUUCAA